AUGAGAGCAAUUCUUCAAAUUGUUGCAAAGUUUUGUCCAUUUAUUACUCUACUGUAUAGCUUAAUCGUUAUUGUUCUGACUAUAUACAUUAGUGGAAAAGUUCCUCCAGUCUUUGUAAUAUUUUGCAUUCAAGUAUACCUGAAUUGGUACUCAGUGUACAAUAUAAGUCGUAAUGCAUCAAUCAUGAAAGUUAGAACAAUGGAAAAAAAAUCAGUAUGGUAUAAAGUGGCAAGCAAUGCAAAAUAUAAAUAUUGGUACUGUGAAAAGUGUAUUAGUUAUACAUCCAGGGCAACACAACACUGCAACUUUUGCAGAAAGUGUUUUCAUUCUCGUGAUCAUCAUUGUUUCUUCUUAGGUGCCUGUGUACUACGACAAAAUAUUAGUAAUUUCAUUUUAUUUUGUUUUUACACAUCCUUAACAUGUAUAUAUUCAUUAUGCACACUUGGGCCAUAUUUAUAUGAAAAUAUUAAUCGUGUGAUAAGGACAGAUAUAGACUCUUUUAAUAUGUUUCUAAACUUUUGUUUCCCUAUUGCUCUAGUCAAAUUAUUAUAUUCUAGAGAAAACAGUUACAUAUUACUAGUGACAAUGUUUGAUAUAUUAGUUUCCAUUUUAUUCAUUUGCUUAGUAUAUGCAACAUGGAAAUUACACAGUUGUAUGAGUGGUAAACAGAGGUACUCCAGUAUAUCAGGAAAACAAAAUUUAAUGGAAAUUUUUGGCAGUUAUGGUCUUUUAAACAUUAUUUUCCCAUAUAAUGGUCUUACACGAACUAGAGAUCUAAAUGAAAAGUAUGAACUCAAACAAGUAUAA